AUGGCAGAAGAGGAAAACAAUUUUUUUCUCUUGGAAACAUUGGCUCUUGAUAACCUGUCGGUGAUUUUCAAGAACUUUGGAACUGAAAAAUCUGUGGAACUAAAAUUACUCUGUGAAGAUAUGCACAAUCUUCAUGGGGUCAAUAGUGACCUUGAAAAGGAGGUUGGUGUAUUGGGAAGGGAGUUAGAAAUGAAAGAAACGGAAAAUUUACUUCUCAAAGAUUCAAUGAAGAAGUUGGAGGAGGAGCUGCUUGAGGUCAGAGAUUUCAAUAAUCAAUUGCGGCACGAAAUCUCAACGGGAAAGAAUUUCUUGUAUCAGAAGGAAAUCAAGCUUUUGGAAGUAGAGGAGAAGCUUAAAGCUACAGAGGAUCUGAAUUCAGAAUUGUGCGGAAUUGUGGAAGGACUAAAGAAGCAACAUGAGGAAUCAAUACGCAUGAAGGAAAAUUUAGAAAAGCACAUUUUUGAACUAUCUGAAGAAAAUGCAAGCCAGAACAAAGAAAUCGAAUGCCUUCGUGAAGUUAAUGGAAACUUAGAUUCUGAACUGGGUAUAUUACGGGAAGAUGUUGAAGUACACAGAAUUAGAGAAGAGAACUUGAAUUCGAAGCUGCAAGAGAUAGGCAACGAUUUUGAAAUGUGGGAGGCUGAGGUUGCAACACUCAAGUUCAAUCUUCAAAUCUCCGACAACCGUGAAGUUUUGUUUGAAAAUAAGUUUAACGAGCUUACUGGAGUAUGUGAAACUCUUGAAAACGAAAAUGCUUCUAAGACAGUUGAGAUAGAACAGAUGAAAGAAAGAGUUAGCUUCAUGGAGACUGAAAUUGGAGGCCUUAAGGCUCAGUUAUUUGCAUAUGCUCCUACCAUAAAUUCUCUGAGAGAUAACAUAGCAUCACUUGAGCACAAUGUCCUCUCUCCGCCAGAGCUUAACGUUGCUGACAAUCAAGAACAAAAGGAUGUGGAAUUGGUUCAUUAUCAUGAGAAAAGAUGUCAAGAACCGAUGGAAGAUCAUAACUCUGCGAUACUGAACAGAAUUUCAGCAUUGCAGAAUUUACAGACUAGGAUUAAAGCAGUUGAAAAGGUUGUAACAGAAGAGAAGAAAAAGCUGGUGAUGCAGAAAAGUUUACACACCAACAUCAAGCUAGAUGCUGCUUUGAAAGAGUUCGAAGAGUUGAAAUCCAACGACUGUGUCAGUCUAAAAAAAGACAAACAAAUGGCAGAGAUGGAGCUUCGAGAUGAGCUUGUUGACAGACUCAAGUUGCAGAAAACAAAACCGGAAAUUUCUGAAGUGAGGAAUGGGAUUCUGAUGAAAGAUAUUCCACUUCAUCACGUUUCAGACGGUUCGUUGUAUGGAAUAAGCAGGAGAAGGAAUCAUGGGGCUGAUGAUCAGAUGCUUGAGUUAUGGGAAGCUGCAGAGGACGGCUGUGGUCUUGAUCGAACACUCAAAGAGUCACACAAGCAAGCAAACAAACCAACAGAGGAUGAUACUCCGUGCCAGGAGUUUGAGCAUGCAGAGCACCAGAAUGAAAAUCACUCUUUGGACUUACAAGUUGAGAAGGAGUUGGGUGUUCAUAGAUUAGAGGUACCCACAUGUGUUCCUGAGCCGCAUCAGGAUCAGAACAAGAAAAAGAUCUUGGAGAGACUCGAUUCAGAUGAUCAGAUGCUGAAGAACCUUAUGAUGACAGUAGAAAACCUAAGAAGGAAAAUGGAAAUGAACAAGAAGAGAAAAAAGGCGAAGAGCAUUGAUUUUGAGACAGUGAAGGAACAGCAACAAGAAAUUGAGGAACUAUUGUGCAGCUUUCCUGAGCCGCAUCAGGAUCAGAACAAGAAAAAGAUCUUGGAGAGACUCGAUUCAGAUGCUCAGAUGCUGAAGAACCUUAUGAUAACAGUAGAAAACCUGAGAAGGAAAUUGGAGAUGAACAAGAAGAGAAAAAAGGCGAAGAGCAUUGAUUUUGAGAUAGUGAAGGAACAGCAACAAGAAGUUGAGGAACUAUUGUGCAGCUUGUGGAGGUUAACGGUCAACUGUCACAAAAUAUCGAGCAGAGCCCAUUGCAUUCGGAUGGAAAUGCUUCACCAGAGUUGGAAGAGGCUGGGGAUGUCCAAAAAAGAGAGUCUUGGAACAGGCACGAAAAGGGUCUGA